CGCAACGUGGACAAACAAGGAAAUGGUACCAACGUAAUUGUCACUUUUGUUUUCGAUUUAUGUGACCAAUUUGCCCAUGAGUCGGAGUUUUAGCAGACGCAGAUAUGGGUGACCUUCCUGUAAACCCGCUGGUUUUGAUUGGUGUCGGGUCCAGUUUCGCCUUCUCUGGCCUCUUCUAUCAUUUAUACCAAGAAAAGAAGAAAGAGUUGAAACAGCUGAGGGAAAUACCCGUUUUCAGGCCAGACCAACAUUUGGUGAAGGUGCUGUGGGCAACUCCACGUAAGCGGCUUCAGUAUGUUGCUGUAGAAGGUAUGGUCCAGGCAGAUGGGGAGCCACUGGCCAGCCAGUUUGUUCCAAGAUGCUUUGGCGUGAUCCAGAAGAUAGCAGUGGAGGAGCACUGGAAAUACUGGAACUCUUUGAGCCGCACAUGGAAUUCUCGGACAAUUAACAGGAAAGAGACCAACAACGCGGUGCCUUUCAGCCUGGUCAGCCCUGGAGCCUACAUCAAUGACUUGUACGUGAAGGUUCAAAACCCUCUGGACGCCUCUGGCUGCUACCUGGAGACGGUUUAUCACAAAGUGAGACGUGCUGAGGAGGGCUUGGUGAACGUGAUGCUGCAGGGCCUCAGCGGGGAGAGACCUGUGGCGAUGGAGCAGAGCGAGGAGCUGCUGCGGGUGGGGAGCACCCUGACUGGUUUUGGUGAGGUGGUGCUCGAGGGGGGCCAAGUGAUGAGGCUGCAGGCCCCGCAGGACGGCCGCAAGUUCAUCCUGGUCCCCACUGACCACAGGAGCUUCUUGGAUGGACACGAGAGCACAGCCAGCAUGUGGAAGACGCUGACUGCUGUUACUGGCAUCACAGGGGCUUCUCUCCUAGCCAAGGUCAUUUACGGCCUGGUGGAGAAACGGGACGACAAAUCAAAGUAGGCUCAAACACGUGAAUACUACGGCGAUAAUGGCUUACAAAGCUGCACACUGGUCUGGUCACUGGGUAACCCAAUGCUGCCUCAGGUGUUUUACUUUAGAAACCGUAGCACCAUCUUGAUGCUAGGAUAACUCAGCAGCACGUUUUAGAUUUUGUCUCACUGCCAAAGUAUUUUCUUGUUGCAAGGUGAAGCAAAGCCUUAGCUGGGGAGGCUGCAAGGGGAAAAACAAACAACAAAGGAUGAAACAAGUGAGAUGAAUAGAGAGAAUAACAACAUUUUAGAAAACACAUUUACAGACAAGAACAGCACCCAGUAGAGUGCAUAACUCCACUAAUGCCCUGCAGGCCCCUUUACUUCAGUCAAGCUUAAUCCGCUAUCAAAUUAAAAAAAACAUAUUUUUUAUUUGGACCUGGAUCAAACUGUACUCAUUCAUAGAUACCAGCAACCUAAAUAUACCCGAUUCCUUUUUUCCAAGAUCCAUGAGUUAUUACUUGAGAAAUCAAACAAAAAUGUUGAAUGGAUGUUAAAGAAAGGGAGAAUACAAUUCUUGGAUUCAUCCCUUUUCUCCAGAUCUGCACCAAAAGUUGAUGGGGUAGUUUUUUGUGUAAUCCUGUUCACAAGCCAGUGGAGACAGGCAAAAACGUAGACCCUUCGCAGAGGUGAGAGAGAAAACAAAUGAACAAAACAGAAAACGAGUAACUUUCCUGGCAACGCAAUAAAAUGAGAACACAUGAACGAAACUGUGAAGGCAGCAACAAUGAUUUUUGUUUAUAAUUAACACUACAUUAAUUAUGUGUUUUCCUGUUAUUAACUGUUAUGAAAAAUAUUAGUGUUACCUGAAAUAUUCAUUUUUUAUUUUGUUUGUGUCAUCCAGGGCUGUUCUGUCUGGCCAGUCUGGGCCACCGUAGUUAACGGACCACUUAAAAGAUUCUAACCACUUGUCAAAGUUUCUCUUUAUACCCAAAUCCUACACCUGGUGAGUGUGGCCGUUUAGUCUCAUCAAGACGUUAUUUAGAAUCUGGGUAAAUCUUGCUACAGGAUGAAUAUGGCAGAAACCGGAUCAUGAGCCCUGAAUUUCUUCUGCAGUCAUAAUGUAACAAGGGAUGAAACAUCUCAGAAGAACAUGAUUCAAUGCAGGUUAUUUACCGUUUUAUGAUUGAUCAACCAUAGAAUUCCAAAAAUGAAUGCUACUUUCUGAAGGGAACUUUUUUUCUGUAAUGUCAUGUAAUUUUUUUUAAUAAUGUAAAAUCAGUAUAAUGGUUUAUAAGGUCUCAAAAUGAUGAAAGAAUGACUUAUUUUAUCACUGUCAGUCUGAGUAUUCAGUCCAGACAGGAUGGAAAUAAAGUCAAAUUUGAGAGCAAUUCGUAUUGUAUGAAUAAAGCAGAUAAUCUUCUACCUCCUAGAUGAUUAUGUUUUUACUGUAUUGUUUUUUGACCUGCAGUCAGGUUCAGUUUGUGAGAAAGCGGGCCUAAAACUGUUGUACGGUCUUGUGAAAGGAUAUGGGUUUACCUUUACUGUCUCUCUUUAGAACCUUGUAGCAACAGAAGACAUUCCCUGUUGUUGACAAUAAAGUGAGAUGGAUUCUAUUACAACAUA